GCUGCCGGGCAGAGGAGCAGAGAGGACUGAAGACAAGACACCCCAGAAUCAGGAGCCCCCCUCAGGAAACAGGAGUCUGCGUCCCAGCAGCUUCUAGUUUCUGCAGCAGUUUGGCACCUCCGCUUGGCAGGAUGCGCGUGGUGGUCAUUGGAGCCGGGGUCAUCGGGCUGUCCACUGCCCUCUGCAUCCACGAGCGCUACCACUCAGCCCUGCAGCCACUGGACAUGCAGGUCUACGCGGACCGCUUCACCCCGCUCACCACCACAGACGUGGCUGCCGGCUUCUGGCAGCCCUACGUCUCUGACCCCGGAAACCCACAGGAGGCGGACUGGAACAAGCAGACCUUUGACUAUCUCUUGAGCCACGUCCACUCCCCCAAUGCUGAAAAAAUGGGCCUGGCCCUAAUCUCAGGCUACAACCUCUUCCGUGAAGCCGUUCCAGACCCUUUCUGGAAGGACAUAGUUCUGGGAUUUCGGAAGCUGACCCCCAGAGAGCUGGACAUGUUCCCUGAUUAUGGCUAUGGCUGGUUCAACACAAGCCUAAUUCUGGAGGGGAAGAUCUAUCUGCAGUGGCUGACUGACAGGUUAACUGAGAGGGGAGUGAAAUUCUUCCAGAGGAAGGUGGAGUCUUUCGACGAGGUGGCAAGAGGAGGUGCAGAUGUGAUUCUCAACUGCACCGGGGUGUGGGCAGGGGCCCUGCAACCAGACCCCCUGCUGCAGCCAGGCCGGGGCCAGAUCAUUAAGGUGGAUGCCCCUUGGAUGAAGCACUUCAUUAUCACCCAUGACGCAGAGCACGGCAUCUACCAGUCCCCGUACAUCAUCCCAGGGAUCCAGACAGUCACUCUUGGAGGCAUCUUUCAGCUGGGGAACUGGAGUGAACUAAACAGCAUCCAGGACCACAACACUGUUUGGGAAGGUUGCUGCAGACUGGAGCCCAUGCUGAAGGAUGCAAGAAUUAUUACUGAAUGGACUGGCUUGCGGCCAGCACGCCCCCAGAUCCGGCUAGAAAGAGAACAACUUCACAUGGGACCUUCAGACACAGAGGUCAUCCACAACUACGGGCAUGGAGGCUAUGGGCUCACCAUCCACUGGGGCUGUGCCCUGGAGGCAGCUAAGCUCUUUGGGAAGGUCCUGGAAGGAAAGAAGUUGUCCGGGAAGCCACCAUCUCACCUCUGAAGACCCCAGUGACCACAGCCCCAACCAGGACUCCCCGCUUCCCUUGGCCAACUAAUCAAUGUGCUCCUCUAUAAGCCACUGCCUACCCCUCACUCCACCCCUGGCUUCUUUCUGCAAAGAACCAUGAGGUAGGAGGAAAUCAAUUCCUGGAGAAGAGCUCAACCCAACCCGGGACCCUCCUCUGAUCACUGAGGUCUCUCUACCCUCUCUGAGUCUGACAUUACAAAGAACAGAUGGGGGGCUGUUAAUCCAAGAGUCUUCAUAAGAAAGGCUAGCUCAGAAAAUCAAAGAGGACAGCUCCCCAGAGCCACAGAAACCUGAGGAUAGUUGAGGCUAAGUAACUUGAUUACACGUCAUACUAAUAUAUUAAAGGUUCUGAAAAGCUCUGCA